AUGGACGUGCAACGUAAUCCUUUACUCUCGAAUAGUUCAUUUAGAACCUCUUAUUUGAGUUCAUAAGGAGAGUAAGUUCUAAAAAGUUCGUAAUUACUGAACAGAGAACUGAGCGACAGGAGAAAUCAAACUCAGCAAUCAUACCAGUUUCAGAGUAAAACUAAAAUGCAGUAUGAAUAAAGCAAAAAGCCGUCUCCUCUUAUUCAAUCUCAAAAGUUAGAGCAAAUAAACAACAGAAUGAACUAUUUAAAAACACCAUAGAUAAUCAUGAAUGCAUAAUAACUACAAGACAAGUAUGAGUUUAAAAACAAUAAGUAUAUCAAGAUUGAAAUACCAGAAUCCCAUUAUAAUGGCAGGAGCAGUUAUGACUCAGUCAUUAUUAAAGAACCAGUAGAGUUAAUAAAAAAUGAGAAACCAUUCUCUAAACUCAGGACUGAAUAUAAUGAUUUUAGAACGAAAAAAGAUUAUUAAACUUAACUAACUACUUACUCUGAGGACAGAAAACCUCAGCCCCAGCUCUUUUCAUAUUUUUAUCAUGAUAUGGAAAAAGAGGAGAAGGAGUAUGUUGUACCUAAGAAAUUAGAACAAAGAGUGUGCAAAUAUCACUCUGAACCAGUGAUCAUGUACUCAUUGCCUUAUGCUAGUUUUAUAUGCUAGAUGUGCUAUGAUACCUAUGGAGAUAAGAGUUCUUGUUUUGCUCUCAGCGAUUUGUAAAAGCCAAUGGAGAUUUAAUAUGCUACUCUCAUGAAAUUUAUAGAUGAGGGUAGAGAGCCUAAAGUGUAAAAGCAGCUUAUGGAGCAUAAAGUGUACCUUGAAUAAGUCAAAGAAGAUAGGUAUAAAUAUUUGACAGAAUUUGAAAGGGCCUUGAUUGAUAAGUAAAUCUAAGAAAUUCUUUUUGACCUAUAAAAGUUUUGGAGAAAAAUUUAGGAAAUGUAGAUAUAAUAUAGACAACUGAAAUAGAUUAAUGAUUUUGAGACUAUAUUGUUGAUGUAUUAGAGAUGGUCAUCAAUUUGCUAUGAUUUCAAGGAUAAGUAUCUCAGCUUUGAUUAUCUUAAGAAUCUAGUUGAUAGAAAAAUAGAUCCAAUUAUGAGGCCUAUUGCUUUAAAAGUUGGAGUUUGCUAUAUGUGUAUGAAAAAUCCAGCAGUUCUAAGUUGCAAUAAUGUUUAAGACUAGCAAUGCCGAAUAUGCAAAGAAUGCAGUAGCUUUUGUACAAAUCAUGGAUAUUAUUGUAGGAUGCAUGCCUAAUACUAUGGAUAAAUUGCUGAGGAUAAGCAUUAUAAUGGUAACUCUUGUCAAAUGUGUAAAUAUGAAAAUAUCCAAUUGUAAUGA